AUGAAGUUUGUCCCUCUUUUUAUGCUGGGCCUGCCAUGGCUUUCUAAUGCUGUAGCCAUCCCUUCACUGGGAAACAAUCUGGAAACCAGGAAUAACCCUGUUACUGGAUAUCGUUCGGUGGCCUACUACGUGAACUGGGCUAUCUAUGGCCGUGACUUCCAGCCUCAGAGUCUUCCAGCCGACAAGCUGACCCAUGUUCUCUAUGCCUUUGCCAAUGUACAUGCCGAUACUGGAGAGGUUUAUCUGUCAGAUACUUAUGCGGAUAUUGAAAAACACUACGCCACCGACUCCUGGAACGAUGUCGGCACUAAUGUUUACGGGUGUGUGAAACAGCUCUACCUGCUCAAGAAAGCGAACAGACAACUGAAGGUUCUUUUGUCAAUUGGCGGCUGGACAUAUUCUUCCAAUUUUGCGGGGCCACUUGCUACCGAUGCUGGAAGGGCACUCUUUGCCUCAUCCGCCGUACAGCUUGUGCAGGAUCUCGGUUUCGAUGGGCUGGAUAUUGAUUGGGAGUACCCUUCCAAUGCAACCGAAGCUGCAAAUAUGGUGUCUUUGCUUCAAGUCGUGCGCUCUGCUCUGGACACAUAUAGUGAGACUUGGGCUAGCGGCUAUCAUAUGUUAUUGACUGUUGCAUCCCCAGCUGGCCCGACCAAUUAUGACCAACUUCUUCUGGCCGAGAUGGACCAAUAUCUUGACUUUUGGAAUCUCAUGGCAUAUGAUUACGCUGGUAGCUGGGAUACGAUCUCUGGUGAUGAUGCAAACGUCUAUGCUUCCACUGACAACCCAGCAAGCACGCCAUUUAACACGGACCAGGCCAUAAAUUACUACACCUCGAACGGUGUAGCUGCAGACAAGAUUGUUAUGGGAAUGCCACUUUAUGGGCGCUCGUUCACCAAUACAGCUGGACUUGGUCAGAGCUUCAGCGGUGUAGGUAGCGGCAGCUGGGAAGAUGGUGUGUGGGAUUAUAAGGCCUUGCCUCAAGCCGGUGCGACAGUAUUUGAACUCGACCAGCCCAUUGCGAGUUACAGCUACGACUCCUCUGCUAGUAUCCUUAUUAGCUACGAUACCCCUGCGAUCGCUCAACUGAAGGCCCAAUAUAUCCAAUCCAAGGGACUGGGCGGCGGCAUGUGGUGGGAGAGUAGUGCUGACAAAAACGGCACUGACAGCUUGAUUACUACGCAGGUUGUUACGGAGUUCGGGGGUUUCAGCAGUUUAGAUCAGAGCCCGAACCAACUCAGCUACAAUGGCUCUAAAUACGCCAACAUGGUAGCUGGAUUCCCAUCCGGCUAA